GUGGCAGGUCUAAGCAGAGCAGAAGUGAAAAAAAGAGCAGAAAGGCCAUGCUGAAGCUUGGAAUGAAGCCAAUAAGUGGUGUUAGCCGUGUUACAAUAAAGAAGACCAAAAACGUGAGCUCACCUAUCCCAUCCAGAUACUCUUCGCUAUUUCGAAGCCAGGAUGCCGAGCAGUUCAGGGCUCCUGAUCUAAGCUAUGUGAUAAGUAAGCCGGAGACGUUUGUCGCCUCUCAAGACGGUGAAGAAGUCGAUGAGAAUGGUGUGGAGCCGAAGGAUAUUGAGCUUGUUAUGACUAUGGCUGGUGUUUCGAGGGGAAAAGCUGUGAAGGCUCUUAAAGCGGCUGAUGGUGAUAUUAUUACUGCAAUUAUGGAGUUGACUAACUCAAUCAAUAUUGAGAAUUUGUAACUAGUUUUUAUUUUAUUGAUGCAUUGGUGUGCCCUUUUUUGGCUUAAAUUUCUUAUUACAUUCAAUGUUUUGCACCAUUCAGCCUUACGUUUACUUGAAUAGUGUGGUGCUCAUAU